AUGCUCCGUCGCACGAGGUUUUGUCAUGCGGAAUUCAAGAAAAUUCUGGUGGCGAACCGUGGCGAAAUUGCGUGCCGCGUAUUUCGCACAUGCCGUGAGAUGGGCUUACUGACCGUGGCCGUUUGCUGUGAAAGUGAGCUGAAUGCUAGGCAUGUGCAGGAGGCGGAUGAGGCCUUUGUGCUGGGUCCAUCCCCAGCCUCUCUGUCUUACCUUCGAGGCGAACGCAUUAUUGAGGCCGCAAAGAGGCUUUGCGCCGACGCCGUGCAUCCUGGAUAUGGAUUUCUCUCGGAAAGCCCUGAGUUUGCCGCCGCUGUUGCAGAAGCAGGGAUAGAGUUUAUCGGACCUCCAGCUGCGGCUAUGGCCUCUAUGGGUUCCAAGAGCGAAAGCAAGCGCAUUAUGGAGGCCGCGGGGGUCCCAGUUGUGCCAGGUUAUUAUGGUGAGGAUCAAAGCUUUGAGUGCUUGUGUGAAGAGGCGAAGAAAAUUGGCUUCCCUGUACUCAUUAAAGCGGUUUCGGGUGGUGGUGGGAAGGGGAUGAAGAUUGUGAAGAGUGUGGAUGAAUUCAAGCUCAUGUUGGAAAGUGCAAAGCGUGAGUCUAUGAAUUUCUUUAAGGAUGAUCGGGUUAUUUUGGAGCGUUACGUCACGCAACCACGACACAUUGAGUGCCAAAUCUUUUUUGAUAAAUUUGGUAACGGGGUGUUUUUCUUUGAAAGAGACUGUAGUGUCCAAAGGAGGCACCAAAAAGUGGUUGAAGAGGCCCCGGCACCUCACAUAACCCCUGACAUGCGACACCGAAUUGGAACAGUUUCUUUGAGAGCGGCCAAAGCGGUUGGAUACGUUGGAGCGGGGACGGUGGAGUUUAUUUUUGAUACUGAGAGAAACACGUUUUUUUUCAUGGAAAUGAACACACGCCUGCAGGUGGAACAUCCGGUGACUGAAGAAAUAUGUCAAGUUAAAGGAAAACCUCUGGACCUUGUUCGUUUGCAGUUAGAAACAGCCCAGGGGAUUCCGUUGGGAUUCACUCAGGAGGAUAUUUCGAUUUAUGGUGCAUGCGUGGAAGCUCGAAUAUACGCGGAAUCUCCUGCGAAUGGAUUUCUUCCUGGUAGUGGAAGGCUGAAGUACAUUCGAGAACCACCACAGGGCAUCCAUAGAGGUACGAGAGUUCGAAUCGACUCAGGCUUCCGUUCUGGAGACGAUGUGCUUGUCCACUACGAUCCCAUGAUUGCCAAACUGGUAGUUUGGGGGGAGAACCGUUCCAAAGCUCUUGAGGGGAUGCAUACGGCUUUAGAUAAAUACCACAUUGUUGGUGUGCAGACCAACGUUGAAUUUCUUAAACGUUGCCUCAAAAAUUCCUCCUUUAUUGAGGGAGGCGUGACAACAAAUUUUAUUGAGAAGAACAGAACUGACCUGCUUCGAACAAAACCUCUCAUGAAUCCUGUUUUAGCGCUUGGAGCUGUCUCCUUUUUGAAUUAUUACGGAUCUGCUGCAUCCGCAUUUCGUUUAAACCAUACAUUGUUUCAACGUGUUCCUUUUCUUGUCGAUGGUCGUCGUGUCACUGUACAGGUCAGUGUUUCUCGUGACGGCUAUUUUCUUUGCGACGUCGAUGGCAGCCGUUGCGGGGUGAAGGUGGAACAUUGGAAACCAAUAAACACUGGCACCGUCGAGUUUUCCGUGAGGAUGGAUGAUGGGUGUCGGUUUGAUUGUACUUCUGUUAUAACAGGCAAGACGAUUGCUAUGGUGCUGCCCGAAGAAUUUUACAUUUUGAAUCUACAUUCCCUGUCUGAAGACUUUGGUAAUGCGUCCCUGCAGGAGGCUGGGUCGGCGCGUGUGGUGAGCCCCAUGCCGGGGAAAGUGACCAAACUGCUUGUACCCAACGGUGCGAAGGUGAAGCAGGGCGAGGCAAUUAUUAUGCUUGAAGCGAUGAAAAUGGAGCACUUUGUCAGAGCGACGUGUGAAGGCGAAUUGGAGUUUUUUGUGAGGGACGGCGAUACGGUGGGCGGCGAACACCUGCUUGCAAAUAUUAUCCCACCGUCAACUUCGUGA